AUGCUACAUUCUGUUUUAGGUAUUAAUUUUUCGGAUGAAUUGGGCCGAGCUGUGAUUAUUGUGGGUUUGCCGUUCGUUAACAAAGAGGACAUUGCUAUGAAAGAAAAAUUAACGUAUCUCGACGAAGAAUAUGGUACAGGCAGUGGCGUAGCCUAUUAUGAGUCGAAAUGUAUGCAUGCUAUCAAUCAAUCCAUUGGCCGAGUGAUUCGACAUCGCGAUGAUUACGCCUCAAUUAUAAUGCUUGAUUCGAGAUACGCAAAUCCCCGCAUUACGAAGGCAAGCCAGAUUUUUUUUUCCGUUAACGCGAUAUGCUUGUCCUCCUACGUAUCGCUUGGUUUUUAG